GUUUCCAUCUUUCCCGAGGGCCCAACCUCUUGCUGGGCGGCCUUUGUGACGUGGCGGCCUGCGGGGCCUUGGCUCUCCGCUCGGACCCGGGUCGCUGCGGGCCCGGCCUAUGGCCCCGCAGAGGCGGGAGCCGGGCGAUGGCGAUGGCGAUGGCGAUGGCGAUGGCGAUGGCGGAGGCGAUGGCGGAGGCGGGGGCGGCGGAGAGCCGCAGCGAAUGCAAAGGCGCCGAAGCCAAAUGCCAGCCGCCCGCGGAGAGGACCCCGGCCGGGCCGCAGCGGCGGAGGCCGCGCUCGGUGCUGCGAGUGUCCGAGCUGCUGCUCCGCGCCAUCUCCGCGCACAAGGGGCUGACCCUGGCCACGCUCAAGAGGGAGCUGGGCAAUGCGGGCUACCGGGUGCGCCGGCGCUACUGCAGCCGCUCGGGCGAGCCGCGGGCCGACAGUAAGGGCGCCCUCCUCCGGGUCAGCGGCACUGGCGGCGGCGCUGCGGGCUACUUCAGGGUCUGGAAGGUCCCCAAGCCCAAGAAGAAGCCCUGCCGCCGCCGGCCGCAGGAGGGCGCGCGCACGGCCAGGAGGACUUCCCCGGGCUCCCGGGGGGGCGCACGGAAGGGUCCCGGGGGGCGCAAGGCGGCCCGCAAGGCCCGGGAAGUGUGGAGACCCGCCAAGACCAGUGCCAGGACCAAGGCCAGGGCCAGCGCCAGCGCCAGUACCAGGAAGGGCAGGCAGAGAGCCAAGGACCCGGUGCGUCCUAGAACCAGGGGAGGAGGAAGCAGGGCCAAGGCGGACGAGGGGCGAGGGCGGACCACCAAGGACAACAGGUCCCGGGCCAAGCCCAAGAAGCCCAGCAUGAAGGCCAGGGAGGAGAAGAAACACGAGCCGGAGAAGCCGGCUAAAAGGACCAUCCAGAAGCCAGCCUCUGUGAAGAACGACAGUCCUUCUGCCGGGCAGGGCAAGACCCCAGACCCGAGCCCCGCUCGCUCCAAGGCUUCCACAAAGACCACUAAGUCGCAGGGUCCUCGCAGUCAGUGAUGUCCUCCAGGCUCAGAUGCCUUCCCCCCCCCCCCCGCCCCCGAUUAAGGUCUGAUGAGGGAGGGCAGCUCUCACAUGCAUUGAAAUGGAAAGACUAUUUACAAGACCUUGCCACCA